AUGGCUACGGUGGUGGAUCUUGAAGCAACGGCUAAGCUGGUGGACCUCGAAGGAAAGGCUACGGUGGUGGAUCUAGAAUCAACGGAGACGGUGGUGGAUCUUGAAUCAACGGAGACGGUGGUGGAUUUAGAAUCAACGGCGACGAUGGUGAAUCUAGAAGCAACGGUGGUGGAAGAAACAGAGACGGUUGUGAAAGUGAAAGGACUGUUGGGAAAGUUUGUGGCGUAA